UCACCGCUCACUGGAAACCCCAAGAGGAAGAAGAGGAAGAGGAGAUGUUUGACGAUCAACCUCACCAACUGCAAAUUUGAGAGUGUUCGGCGUGCGGCGUGCAGGUACGGCCUGAAGGAGGUGUUGGACGGCGAGGACUGGACUUUAUACUGGACGGACCUCUCGGUUUCGCUGGACCGAAUUAUGGACAUGAAGUCAUAUCAGAAGAUUAAUCAUUUUCCCGGCAUGAGUGAGAUCUGUAGGAAAGACAUGUUGGCACGGAACAUGAAUCGCAUGUACAAGCUUUUCCCCAAAGAGUACAACAUCUUUCCCAGAACCUGGUGUCUACCGGCUGACUACAGUGACUUCCACAGCUACGCCAGAGCCAGGAAGCACAAGACCUACAUCUGCAAACCGGAAACGGGCUGUCAGGGACGCGGGAUCUUCCUCACCAAGUCCAGAAAGGACGUCUUGCCCGGCCAACACACCAUCUGCCAAGUCUACAUCUCCCGGCCGUUUCUCAUCGAUGGGUUCAAGUUCGAUUUGCGCAUUUACGUGCUGGUGACUUCCUGUGACCCGCUGCGUGUCUUCCUGUAUGAAGAGGGCCUGGCUCGGUUCUGCACCACCCACUACAGCUCCCCCACCCGCAAAAAUGUGAAGGAUGUCUGCAUGCACCUGACGAACUACGCCAUCAACAAACACAGCAAGAACUUUGUACGUGAUGACAACACAGGCAGCAAAAGAAAACUGUCGACCCUGAACAGGCUGCUGGAGGACAUGAGCUGCGACACGAAGAAACUGUGGGCGGACAUAGAGGACGUCGUUAUCAAGGUGCUCGUCUCGGCGCUGCCUGUGCUCCGGCACAACUACCACACCUGUUUCCCCUGGCACGCCAACGCCGCCUCCAGCGCCUGCUUCGAGCUCCUCGGCUUCGACGUCCUGCUCGACCAUCGUCUCAAACCCUGGCUCCUGGAGGUCAACCACUCACCCAGCUUCACCACAGACUCGCGCCUAGACAGAGAGGUAAAAGAUGAGCUCUUGUAUGACACUCUGGUUCUGGUGAACCUGGGCACCUGCGACCGUCGACAAAUCAGAGAGGACGAGAGGCGUAGAGUCCAAGAAAGACUGCAGCAGGCUUCUAAAGAAGACAGAGGCGAACAGUCGCUGCAGAGGCAGGCCGUAGAGCAGGCCAUUAAAUACGAGGACCAGCAUCUCGGAGGCUAUCGUAGAAUCUUCCCACGCAAAGGAGGGAAGGGCUACGAUAAGUACCUCAAUCACGGCCCCUCCCUCUACCAGGAGACGGUUGCCUCCAAAGCUCGGGAGAAGUGCACAAGGCAGCAACUGCAAGAGAUACAGGACAGGCAGGAUGAGAAAAGACGCAGUAGACUAGGCCUACAGGGGGAGUCUGCUGGGGAGAGAGGCAAACCUCGCUGUGCUCCGCUGCAGACGAAACACCUCAACACUAAGACACAUCAUCGCGCUGUGUUUCUGCACCCAGUGUUCUCCGCACAAUGGUCCAUUCUCAUCUAG